AGCCGCUUUUGUGUGCAGGCCGACGAGGGGCGGCGGCGGCGGCGGCGGCGGCAGCGGAGGCAGCGGCGGCACAACCACCUGACAGAGGCCCGGCGCUCGCUGCACCGGCCGCCCGCAUGAGGAGGAGGAGAGGCCGGUAGAGGACUGUGAAAGAAAAGUUAUCCCCCAGGAUGGACUUCUCGCAGCCGAAGCCUGCCGCUGCCCUCUGUGGCGUCGUGAGUGCGGACGGGAAGAUCGCUUACCCUCCGGGAGUAAAGGAAAUCACCGACAAGAUCACCACCGACGAAAUGAUCAAACGUCUGAAGAUGGUAGUGAAAACUUUUAUGGAUAUGGAUCAGGAUUCAGAAGAUGAAAAGCAACAGUAUCUCCCUCUAGCCUUGCAUCUCGCAUCUGAAUUCUUUCUCAGGAACCCUAAUAAAGAUGUGCGCCUUCUCGUAGCAUGUUGUUUGGCUGAUAUAUUUCGAAUCUAUGCCCCAGAAGCUCCAUAUACUUCCCAUGAUAAACUUAAGGACAUAUUUCUCUUUAUUACCAGACAGUUAAAAGGUUUGGAGGAUACAAAGAGUCCACAGUUUAAUAGAUACUUUUAUUUAUUAGAGAAUUUAGCUUGGGUUAAAUCAUAUAACAUCUGCUUUGAGUUGGAAGAUUGCAAUGAAAUUUUUAUUCAGCUUUUUAGGACUCUCUUCUCAGUAAUCAACAAUAGCCACAAUAAGAAGGUACAAAUGCACAUGUUAGAUUUGAUGAGUUCUAUCAUCAUGGAAGGUGAUGGAGUUACUCAAGAAUUACUGGAUUCUAUUCUUAUCAACCUCAUUCCUGCACACAAGAACUUAAAUAAACAGUCCUUCGACCUUGCAAAAGUCCUGUUGAAAAGGACAGUCCAGACUAUUGAAGCGUGCAUUGCCAAUUUUUUCAAUCAAGUCCUGGUGCUGGGAAGAUCGUCGGUCAGUGAUCUGUCUGAACAUGUAUUUGAUCUGAUUCAGGAACUUUUCGCUAUCGAUCCUCAUUUAUUGUUGUCUGUCAUGCCACAGCUGGAAUUCAAACUGAAGAGCAACGAUGGUGAAGAGCGGUUAGCUGUGGUUCGGCUUCUAGCUAAACUGUUCGGCUCUAAGGACUCAGAUUUAGCAACACAGAAUCGGCCUCUUUGGCAGUGUUUUCUCGGGCGCUUUAAUGAUAUUCAUGUUCCUGUGAGAUUAGAAAGUGUGAAAUUUGCCAGUCACUGUUUGAUGAACCACCCGGAUUUAGCAAAGGAUCUCACAGAAUAUUUGAAAGUUAGGUCACAUGAUCCAGAAGAAGCCAUUCGUCAUGAUGUCAUUGUUACUAUAAUAACAGCUGCCAAAAGAGACCUUACCUUAGUAAAUGAUCAGUUACUUGGCUUUGUCAGGGAAAGGACACUGGAUAAACGGUGGCGAGUAAGAAAAGAAGCCAUGAUGGGGCUGGCUCAGCUUUAUAAGAAAUACUGUCUUCAUGGGGAAGCAGGAAAGGAAGCUGCAGAGAAAGUCAGCUGGAUAAAGGACAAACUUCUUCACAUCUAUUAUCAGAAUAGCAUCGAUGACAAACUCUUGGUAGAGAAAAUCUUUGCUCAGUAUCUUGUUCCCCAUAACCUGGAAACUGAAGAGAGAAUGAAAUGCUUAUACUAUUUAUAUGCUAGCUUGGAUCCAAAUGCUGUAAAAGCUCUCAAUGAAAUGUGGAAGUGUCAGAACAUGCUUCGGAGUCAUGUGCGUGAACUAUUGGAUUUACACAAGCAGCCUACAUCAGAGGCUAACUGUUCUGCCAUGUUUGGGAAACUGAUGACCAUAGCAAAGAAUUUGCCUGACCCUGGGAAAGCACAAGAUUUUGUAAAGAAAUUUAAUCAGGUUCUUGGAGAUGAUGAGAAACUGCGGUCUCAGUUAGAAUUACUAAUCAGCCCAACCUGUUCAUGCAAACAAGCUGACAUUUGUGUGAGAGAAAUAGCUCGGAAACUUGCAAAUCCUAAGCAGCCAACCAACCCUUUUCUAGAAAUGGUCAAGUUUCUGUUGGAAAGAAUUGCUCCUGUGCACAUUGAUUCAGAAGCCAUAAGUGCACUAGUAAAAUUGAUGAAUAAAUCAAUAGAAGGGACAGCAGAUGAUGAAGAGGAGGGUGUAAGUCCAGAUUCAGCCAUUCGCUCAGGACUUGAACUUCUUAAGGUUCUGUCUUUCACACAUCCUACCUCGUUCCACUCUGCAGAGACAUAUGAGUCCUUGUUACAGUGCCUACGGAUGGAGGAUGACAAGGUAGCAGAAGCUGCAAUACAGAUUUUUAGAAACACGGGCCACAAAAUAGAAACAGACCUUCCCCAGAUACGAUCAACCUUAAUUCCCAUUUUACAUCAGAAAGCAAAACGGGGCACUCCACACCAAGCAAAACAGGCUGUGCACUGUAUCCAUGCCAUCUUCUCAAAUAAGGAAGUCCAGCUUGCGCAGAUUUUUGAGCCACUCAGUAGGAGUCUGAAUGCUGAUGUACCAGAACAACUUAUAACUCCAUUAGUUUCACUUGGCCACAUUUCCAUGUUAGCACCGGAUCAGUUUGCUUCCCCAAUGAAAUCUGUAGUGGCAAACUUCAUUGUUAAAGAUCUUCUGAUGAAUGACAGGUCAACAGGUGAGAAGAAUGGAAAAUUGUGGUCUCCAGAUGAGGAAGUUUCUCCUGAAGUACUAGCAAAGGUACAGGCAAUUAAGCUUCUGGUAAGGUGGCUGUUGGGUAUGAAAAAUAACCAGUCUAAGUCUGCCAACUCAACUCUUCGGUUAUUAUCAGCGAUGUUGGUUAGUGAGGGUGACCUGACAGAGCAGAAGAGAAUCAGUAAAUCUGAUAUGUCUCGCUUGCGAUUAGCUGCUGGUAGUGCCAUAAUGAAGCUUGCUCAGGAACCUUGUUACCAUGAAAUUAUUACCCCAGAACAGUUUCAGCUCUGUGCACUUGUUAUUAAUGAUGAGUGCUAUCAAGUAAGGCAGAUAUUUGCCCAGAAGCUUCAUAAAGCACUUGUGAAGUUGCUGCUCCCUUUGGAGUAUAUGGCGAUCUUUGCAUUAUGUGCCAAAGAUCCUGUGAAGGAAAGAAGAGCACAUGCACGCCAGUGUUUACUAAAGAACAUCAGCAUACGCAGGGAGUACAUUAAACAGAACCCUAUGGCUACCGAGAAAUUAUUAUCACUGCUGCCUGAGUAUGUGGUUCCAUACAUGAUUCACUUGCUAGCCCAUGAUCCUGAUUUUACAAGAUCACAAGAUGUUGAUCAACUUCGUGAUAUUAAAGAGUAA